AUGGGCGACGGAUCUGACUAUCCUAGUCCACGAAGUGAAGCUCCACACGGAGUUACUGUUGCCUCUGCCCUUGCCUCGGCCACAGAGUCUCUCUCUUCAAUUGCCAGAAUGAACGAACAAGCUGUUGCCCUCAGUUAUCCCAUGGAGAGUGCGCGCCCGCGCCUCUCUGUCCGACGCGCCCGCGAUCCUCCCAAGAACGCCGAAGGCCAAAUCUACUGCGACCACACCGACUGUCAGGCUGCGCCGCCUACUUUCCGCCGUCCUUGUGAAUGGAAUAAACACAUGGAUAAACACGAUCGCCCCUACAAAUGCUAUGAACCUGGCUGCGACAAGAUCCAGGGCUUCACCUACUCGGGUGGCCUCCUGCGCCACCAGCGCGAAGUGCACAAGAAGAACAACGACGCGAAGAAGCCCUUGAUGUGUCCAUAUGCCGAUUGCAACCGCAGCACCGGUAACGGGUUCACGCGCCAGGAAAAUCUCCGAGAGCACUUGCGCCGUCGCCACAUGCACACGGAUGAGGGCCCAACGGGCUCCAUCCUUGUUGAUAUGCCAUGGGAACGCGCCAGCGAGCUGGAGGGCGUUCGCGCCAACUCGCUCCCAGCCACUGGUCUCAAGCGCAGACACGACGAAUCGCCCAACGGCGACCUUCCCGAUCCCGACGAGAACGGCGAUGAUCUUCACAACGAAGUCAAGCGACUGCGUCGCGAGGUCCAGGAGAAAGAUCGCCGUCUGGAGCAACUAGAGCGCAUCGUCGCUGAUCUCCAGCAAGCCCUCCCUCAGCCGCCUGUGCCCGAACACGACCCUCAGCUUACGCAAGCGAUGCCACCCCCCGCACCGCAGGCUGCUGCUCCUCUUUAA